AUCUUCUUCCCAUCUUCUCCACCAGACCACGACUGCUCACUCGUCUUUCUCGGUCACGCGCCGCCGCAGCCCCGACCACACGCACCGCCGCACGAUGCAGCCCAGCCUCCCUCGUGCAGCAGCAGCGCCCGGGGCCAUCGGAGGAGCCCCGCACCGCCAUGGAUCCCAGGCAGCAGGGCUUCCUCGACGGCGCCGUCGCCUCCCCACCGGCCGCGCGGAUUCCGUGCACCGGCUGAUGCCUCAGCGAGAUGAGCGCGGGGGACGGGAACUGCGGACGACGGCAUCUACCGCUCCGGCUUCCCGGCCAUGGCCGCUGCCACCAGCGCCGUGACCAGUGGCGGCCAAGCAAAAUCCCAGAUUUAUGUGCUCAGGAUGACAGGAAGUAUGCCUUUGAGCCGCUUUUCAUUCUGGCAGAGCCUGGGUCUGUUGAUUGUAACGAUAUGGAAUCUUCAAGGUCUGGAGUUGAUGCAAGUAGCAGCAGGGUUUACAGCUCCAUUUCAGGUGGCACUGAUAGUGGAGCUAGCCCGCUACUUGAAGGGUCUGAGAAUGACGGUGCUACAAGUCUUCAUUGCUGUUAUGGCUGGACCGAGGACUGGCGAUGGUUAGUAUGCAUCUGGACAGAUUCUAGAGGAGAGUUAUUAGACAGCUUAAUAUUUCCUUUUGGUGGUAUUAGUAGCCGCCAAAACACUAAAGUUCUCCAAAGCCUUUUCAUUCAAAUUCUGCAGCAAGCUUGUCAAAUAAUGUCGUCUUCACCAGAGGCAAGCAAUACGAGACCAAGAGAUGUAACAAUAACCCGUAUUGGAGGUUUCCUCGAACUUGAAAUCCAGGAGUGGCAAAAAGCAAUAUACUCUUUCGGUGGCAAUGAGGUAGAAAAGUGGCCUGUUCAUCUACGGCGAUCUAUACCUGAUGGCAUUCCAUCGAAUUCUAAUGGACCAACACUCCAGCAACAAGAUAUAGGCUUAAUCCAGGACAGAAACAUGCCUUCCUCACCAAAUACGUUGUACAACCCUCAUUCAAAAUCUAGCUUCACGAAAGGGCAACCAGGCAGCAAAAAACAGAUCCUAGUGGAGCAAACUGGAAUGGAUAAUUCAAGGGGGUCGUUGCACUUGGUUCGUAGCAUCAGUUUAGUUGCAGUUUCCGAAGAUAAUUCAUUGCAUCUUGCCUGCCAAGCGGAUCUGUUGGCCAGACCUGCUCCUGGUGAUGGAAUUCAAAGCAGCAAUCAGCCUUCUAGUUACUUGGAAGGGUUCUCCCCAGUCAAGUCCAUCGGGUCAAUGUCUGCAUCGUAUCUUCUGGUUCCGUCACCAAGCAUGCGAUACCUUUCUCCUGCGACGUUACAGCUUCCAAUGUGCCUCACAUCAGAGUCCCCACCACUCGCCCACCUAUUGCACAGCCAAGGGACAGCGACUCCCUUGGCAAUGGGUUACGUCGUCUCCAAAGCCGUCCCACCAGUUAGAAAGAACUCUGCGCAACUCACCAAAGAGGACAGACACUCUGUUCUCUCUGUCAGCAUCGUGGACUAUUAUGGAGGCAGCAGCGCCACCGUUCAAGACAAGAUGAGCAGAGGCAGCAAGCAGGCGAGGAACAUGGCUCAUGAGAUGUCAGCCCGUGAUUAUGAGACGGAUAUGCAUAAUGUGCUGGAAUCUGUAGCUGCUGAGCUCCACGCGCUUUCGUGGAUGACGGUGAGCCCGGUGUAUGCGGAACGGCGCAGCGCCCUGCCCUUCCACUGCGACAUGGUCCUGAGGCUGAGGAGACUCCUCCAUUACGCCGACCGACAUCUCUCUCAGUCUCAACCAACAGUAAAAGGAGAGACCUAGCUUAGAGAGGCAUGAACUAAUUCUUCACAUGACAAGAUUUUAGCUGUUCUUACACAGGAAGAGAAAAAACAAGGGUAGAUCGAUGUAACGGCUUGAACCUCCGUGCCUGACCGUGUGUAUGUAUGUAGGUAGAUAGGUAGGUGGAGGGCAUGUUGUUGAGCUCUCUAGCCCGAUUUUAGCAACUUGGGGUUGAGGUUGUAAGUAAGCGUGCACCGAUGCCUCUCGCUGUGUUAGUUGUAAUAACAUUGCAGAACUGUUUUUUCAAUCAGAUGCUAUGUCUUUCUGUAUACCAGGAACUAGCACAUAUCAAAACAGCCGUGUUUCUUUC